AUGAGUAUCUAUCAGCUCGCCAAUGAACCUUUCAAUAAGUUCAUCAACAGGUUACAAGCCCAGGCUGAGAGGCAAGUGGAGAGACCGGAGUGGCAAGAACAACUUGUGUUGGAGGCGGCAAAGGCUAACGCAAAUGACAUCUGCAAACAAAUAAUCUUCAGUUUGCCGCUAUAUCCAACACCGACGCUGGACAUCCUCAUCGAGGCCUGCGCCAAGAAGGCCCCAAUGAUGGGGAUGUCCAGGGCCGUCCAACCGCCACCAGCGAAGAAAACGCCUACUGCUGCAACCCAGCACUGGACAGUAGUUGCUGUGGAUCCACUGGAGGGAGACAGGACGAACACUGGACGCGACUGUAAGUACAUCGCCAUCGGGGACACUAAACACACACCCCCAGAAAUUGAGAUCUCACCGAUCACCUUCCCGGCGGCCACUGUGGAGCGCCCCUUCCAGAAGCUCGAUUGGACCACAGAUGAAGCAAUCUGGAUUGAUCAGUGGCCGCUUCAAAGAGACAAAUUAAGGGCGCUCAACGAGCUCGUGGAGGAGCAGUUGUUAAAGGGUAACAUAGUAGAGACUACCAGCCCUUGGAAUUCCCCGGUGUUUGUUAUCCGAAAGCCGGGGAAGGACAAGUGGUGACUCCUCCACGACCUCCGUGCCAUCAACAAAAUCAUUGUUGACAUGGGGCCCCUUCAACCAGGGAUGCCUACCCCGACUAUGCUCCCCCGAAAUUGGAAUCUGGCCAUAGUUGACAUCAAAGACUGUUUCUUUCAAAUUCCCCUACAUCCUGAUGAUGCCCCACGGUUUGCUUUCUCGGUGCCCAUCCUCAACUGAGAAGCCCCAGUGAGGAGGUUCCACUGGCGGGUGUUGCCUCAAGGCAUGAAAAUUUCACCCACCAUCUGCCAGUGGUACGUUUCCUCGUUGCUGUCUCCCGUGCGUAAAGAGAUGGGGGAGGUCAUCAUCCAUCAUUAUAUGGAUGAUGUUCUAGUGUACGCCCCCCAUGACGAUCUACUUACCCGAUCACUUGACUGA